AUGUCUGCCAUAUCCCAAGCUGAAAGAGCAAAAUAUGCCGAGAUUUUUCAAGCACGCGGUCAGGUCAAUGGUUAUAUGCCUGGGUCCACUGCUCGCGAUGUGCUUCUUAGUUCCAAUCUCCCUCCUCAUCGACUUGAACGCAUCUGGGAUCUUGCCGACAUUGACAAGGAUGGCAGCCUUGAUUUCGAAGAGUUCUGUAUCGCCAUGCACCUUACCUUUGAUUGCAUUAAUGGUGUCGAACCACCCAUGAGCUUGCCUCCCAACAUGGUGCCAGCCAACAAGGGUCAUCUCGUUGCCAGUGUACAGCAACCACAGCCUACAGGUGUCUAUCCCCAGGCGACGGGUAUCCAGCAACCACAGCCCACUGGUAUUCAACCCCAAGCUACAGGCUAUCAAGGUUCGCCAGCACCUGUUGCACCCCAAGCAACUGGAUACUAUCAACAACAACAACAAUACACGCCAUCACCACAAAUGCCUCAAUACACUGGAUACACACAAGCAUCAUCGCCUGCUGUCGAGUUUAGUUGGGACAUGUCAUCCGACGACAUGAUUGCAUACCAAAACAUUUACGCCAAAUACGCAAACGAUAGUGGAAGAGUUCGAUUUGGCCAGAUGGAGGAUUUUUAUUCAACCUUGGGAUUGUCGCGUACUGAUCUAUCAGCUGCAUGGACACUUGUCAAUGUCAAUCAUUCUCAAUCGCUUACUCAGGAUCAAUGCCUUACAUUUUUCCAUCUUCUCAACCAACGAACAAAAGGUGCACCCAUGCCCAAAGAAUUGCCACCCGAUUUGCAUGAUGCCUUUGCUGGUGAAUAUGCUGCUGAUCUUGGUGAGCGUCCCGGUGCUGGCACAGGUGCACGCAAGGGCAACAAUACCCCAAUGUCCAAGAGUGCUCAAUUGGCAGAUAGCUAUGUCAACCGAUUAGGUGCGGCAAGUACAUCUCUCACAUCCAAAGGUUCAUCUGUCAAGGGCAACAAAUAUGAUGAGGAGGACAUGUUGAAGCGUGAAUUGGCUGAUCUCAAAGAACAAGUCAAGCAAGCUGAACGUCGUGCUGCUACAGCUGCACCCAAAGAUGAUGACUCUUAUGAAUCAUUUUCUUCUCGUCCAUUGCGUGAUCAAUUCCAAGCUCUAUACGAUUACAAGCUACGACAGUUGACAGAACAAGCCGAUGUGGAUGAUAAAAUACGUAAACAGGAACGUGACAUUGAAGCUGCCAGGGAUGCCGUGCGUCGACUGAACAGGAUCGUGGAUGAUGUACGAAGCAAGAAACGAGAAUUAGAAACCCUUUUGGAUGAACGACGUGCUGAAGUACAAAAGACACUGCGCCUCUUGAAUGAGGAAAAGGCAUGA